AUGGCAGAAGUACCUCGUGUUGGUUCCAGAUAUCAACCCACAGACUCAGAACUACUACAGUGUCUGCUAUGCAAAGCACAUGGAAAGCCGUUUCCGGCCGUUGAUCUUAUAAGGGAAUGUGAUCUUUACAGCGGUGUUGAACCCUUGGAAUUAUUCCGAGAAACAGACAAUAAUGUCCUGUAUUUCUUCACCAAGUUGGAGAAAAAGAAGAAGAAUAAGGGUCAAGCAGGGAAGGGUAUAUGGAAAGGUGUAACUAAAACAGAAGUUUAUAGUGUUAAUGGAAAGUGCAGAGGAUACAAGAAAAGUUAUGUGUAUGAGACGGUGGAAAAUGGUAAAAUUGGAUACAAUAUGGAUGAGUACAGCUUGGAUUCCUCCUCUUUACUUCGUGCAAAAAAGUACACUUUCUCCAGGCCGCCUCGUGCUGGAGGAUCAGAUUCAUCGGUCUCCAUCUUGGCGCCUGCAUUUACUGAUCAACAAGUAGAAGUUGUACUUGGAUUACCGGCUCAGAUUUCACAAGAAGAACUGCCGAAAUCCCAGCAGACAAGUACUGGUGAAUACUCGCUGCAAAACAUGGACUGUGAUGGCUCAAAUUACGCUGAGUUUGCUGAAAUUUUUGCACGGGAUUUGAAGGCACAAAACCCACAAGAAUUGAAGGAUGAAGAAGUCUUGCAGCCUAAUCCAUGGGCUGCUCAAAUGGAUUCCUCCUCACCUCCGACUGCAGAAGAUAACGACGACUCAGCAGAAUUCAGAGUCAAUAGAUUUUCAUUAAUCCCUCAUGCUGCCUCUCCAACACUGACAUUUUUCCAGAUCUGA